AUGAAACAACAAAAUAUCAAUGAUGCAAUUGCUAAGAAAAGGUUACUAGAAGUUCAUCAAUAUUUGGCUAGAUGGGUAUACGAAGCCAGAAUUCCUUUUAAUGCCAUUGAUAACGAUAGUUUUAAAAAAUUUGUUGAAGCUCUUGGUCAAUAUGGUCUGGGUUACACCCCUCCUUCACAAUACCAAUUAAGGGAGCCACUUUUGAAGGGAGAGGUGGAGAGAACAAAAGAAACUCUUAAGAAGCAAAAAGAAGAAUGGAAAAAUAAUGGGUGUUCUAUUAUGACCGAUGCUUGGAGUGAUAGCAAAAGAAGAAGUAUCAUGAAUUUGUGUGUGAAUUAUAAAUUGGGAACCACAUUUCUUUCUUCAAAGGAAACUAAUGAUGAUGCUCACACCGAUGAAUACAUCUUUGAAUAUGUCAAUGAAUGUAUUAAAGAGGUUGGAGAGGAAAAUGUGGUUCAAAUUGUAACCGACAAUGCUUCCAAUAACGUGUCCGCCGCGAAUUUGUUAUCAAUGGAAAGGCCUAACAUCUUUUGGACAUCUUGUGCUACUCAUACCUUGAACCUUAUGCUCGAGGGUAUCUCUAAACUUCCUAUCUUCAAAGGAGUGAUUAGGAAGGCAAAAUCAUUUACUAUUUUCAUCUAUGCACAUCAUAAGACUUUCGCACUAAGGAGGAAGUUCACAAAAAGGGAGAUAGUUCGGCCGGGAGUCACUAGAUUUGCUACAUCUUUCUUAACAUUACAAAGUUUGCUCGAUAAAAACACAAGAGUUGAGAAAUAUGAUGACUAG